UCGGUUCUGCUGCCGCUGCUGCUUCCUUCCUAAGGAAGGAAUAGCAUCGUCGAAGCAUCCCCCCUCCGGACACGAAUUCCUCUUCCGCGGGAUCCAUCGAUGGGGCACCCUCCUUUGUCGCUGCUUGCGGGGAACGGUCCCCAACUCCGGCUACCGAGCGCUGCGGAGGACCUGAUCGAGCGGAUCUGCCGGGAGAAGUCGCUACUCCCACCGGACCCCGUAGCGAGGAAGGCCCUCGCCGGCCUAGGGGAGGCCGCUGCCUUGGACAUCCUGCGGAAGGUGUCCUCCCGCAGAAUCAAGAAUUUGUCCGCGCUGAUCAUGUACAUGGCUAGCCGACCGAACGCCGCCCAGGCCUCCACCCAUGCGAGCGCCUGCUUUCCCCAUUCCCCGUCCUCUGGCCCUAAUUCGGUUGCAGCAGAAGAACCACAUGCGUGCACGCCAAGAUUUGAGGGGAGUUUGCCAUCGGGGCAGAUGGCAAGUCCGCAGCUCGUGGCUUUGGGCAGGCUCGAAUUUAGAAAGGCUUUCUUGAUCCUUAGUUAUAUCGGAAGGAAUAAACUAGAAGAGAUGAUAUCAGUUGAUUUUAUUGAGAAAAUACAAUUAUGGCCGAUGAAGCAAUUCGAGUUGGAAGUUUGGAAAGAAGUUGGGUCUAAGUGCAUUUCUGAGCUAGAUAGGAGAAAGAAUAUGGACUGGGAUUCCGGUAAGGCUCAUGUAUACCAUUGUCACGUUGACUUAGAGAGAAAUUUUACAUUUAAGGGUCCCUAUCUUCAACUUCAGAGAACUCAUCUGCAGCGGAUCUUAGGUGAUGACAAUGUCUUGUUGGUAAAAUUCACUGAUGAAAUGAGUGGAGAAAAAAGAUCAUCUUGUAGUUUUCAAAUAUCUAACUCAGUAUACCACAAAGUUGCUGAAGAGGGGAUUUUUGUGGGUUUACGAUGGUAUCAAUUUUUUGUUUUCAAGGAUGGUGGCAAAGAGAAGAAGAAAAGCCCAACUAGCUCUCCUGUAAAAUGCUAUUUUGUUCGCAUGGAAUCCAAUUGGGGUGUGGACCAGGAAAAAGCUUAUAUUUUAUCUGACAAGUUUAUACAUGAAGCAAGAACUGUUUUCAUGCACAUUCAUACAGUUUCAAGUUUGUCCAAAUACAUGGCCAGGUUUUCUUUGAUCUUGUCCAAGACCAUCAAGUUAGAUAUCGAUCUUUCAUCUAUUCAUGUGGAAGUGAUUGACGACAUACCUUGUGUGGAUGACAAUGGAAACAUCUUAUGUGGUGAAAAUGGUGAUCCAAUGAUCCAUACAGAUGGAACUGGAUUUAUUUCAGAAGACUUGGCUAUGAAAUGCCCCCAGCAUAUCUAUAGAGGGAAAUGUUCGAUACCAACAGAUAUCCAGAAAUGCUUAGGUGGAGCUGAAGCUUUAGAAAGGCUUUUAGGCACUGCACAAUGUAGAUCUCUUACUUCUGAAGUGCCUUUGCUUAUCCAGUUCCGCAUGUUCAACAACGGAAGAGCUGUUAAGGGAACUCUUCUUCUAAAUAAACUUCUUCCUCCGGAAACUAUACAGGUACGGCGUUCCAUGAUAAAGGUUAAAUCAGACCCAAAUAUUUCAUAUAUUCAAUCUUGCAACUCCAUAGAGAUUGUUGCCACAAGCAAUCAACCAAAGCGGACUUGCUUAUCAAGGCACUUGAUUGUGUUGCUUCACUACGGAGGAGUUCCCAAAGAAUUCUUUUUGGAACUUUUGAUGAAUUCUCUGGAUGAUGCCCAAAAUGCUAGGUACAGCAAACAGGCAGCACUUCGAGUUGCACUGAAGUAUGGGGAUAUGGAUGAUUUCCUUGUGUCCCGAAUGAUACUUUGUGGAAUGCCACUUGAUGAGCCAUAUCUGCAGUUUCGUCUUUCAAUUCUAAUGAGAGAAGAAAGGAAGAGUUUGAAGACAGGAAAGCUUCCAGUGAUGGAUUGUUAUUAUCUAAUGGGGACUGUAGACCCCACAGGGUUGUUGAAACCUAAUGAAGUUUGUGUUAUACUUGAAAAUGGGCAAGUUUCUGGAGAUGUUCUUGUUUAUAAGCAUCCAGGGUUGCACUUCGGUGACGUACAUGUUCUGACUGCAACCUACAAUAAGGACUUAGAGAAGUUUGUAGGAUAUUCUAAAUAUGCUAUUUUCUUCCCAACUAAAGGGCCACGGUCUUUAGCUGAUGAGAUGGCAAACAGUGAUUUUGAUGGUGAUAUGUACUGGGUCUCCAGAAACUCACAGUUGUUGCAAUAUUUUAGGAGUAGCAUGCCAUGGACUCCGACACCUUCAAAUAUGAGAGGCAUUCAACAAAAAAAACCUAUUGAGUUUUCUAGUAAAGAAUUGGAAAGGGAACUCUUCCAACAAUUCUUGAUCAACAGAUUCAAGCCAAGUAACACAGUUAGCAUGGCAUCUGAUUGCUGGCUGUCCUAUAUGGAUAGGCUGCUAACUCUGGGUGAUGAAUGCGCAGAGGAAAAGGAAUGUCUGAAAGAAAAAAUUCUUCAGUUAGUUAAUAUAUAUUAUGAUGCAUUGGAUGCACCAAAAAGUGGAGUGAAGGUAGAAGUUCCAAUUGAGCUCAAGGCUGAGAAGUAUCCACAUUACAUGGAAAGGUCAAAUUCUUAUACUUCGAUGUCCAUCCUGGGAUUGAUCUUUGAUAAAGUGAGUUCAGUGCAAACUGAAGAUCCUCCAUCUAAUGGUAUAUCGAAACUUCCUUGUUUUACGGAAGAGCCGUCUCAGUCUUGCCUGUUAUUGUGGAGCCAAAGGUACAGCAACUAUCUGAAAGAAAUGAAGCAGGUCAUGGAAAUGAAGCACGAAACUAAAGAUUCCAAAAAUGAAAUGGCAGAUGAAAUAAUACAGAAAUAUAAGUUGUUGUUAUAUGGAGCUGCCGAAUUUGAUGAAAGCCCUAGGAAGCUGGAAGAUAUCUGGGAUGAAGCUCUUGCCAUCUACAACAAUGCUUACGACUAUGCAGAGAGGUGUCAGGCUGUUGGCAGAUGCAGCUUUGCCUGGAAAGUCGCAGGACGAGCAUUAUGCAUGCUGCAUGCUUCAAGACAAGGGGAAAAAUGUACGAUCCCUUGUUCGAUAACUGCACUAAAAGAAAUUCUUCGAUAAAACAGAUGUUGUAAAAAUCAUCUAAUGUAGCUCUUUUAGAAUCAUGUAAUGCAUGUAUUACAUUUUAUUAGUUGAUGCUAUUUGUUCUGU